ACCAAGAAUGACAUUAAUGAGUUUAUGUUUUCAUAUUCAUAAUAACAACACUAGUAAUUCAAAAGAAGCUGCAGCGGUAAGCAGUAGAAGAAACUCCGAUUUCAUGGCGGCGGCGGGCGGAGGAGGAGUAGAGUGGCACCAGCGCCCGCCCAACCCUAAAAACCCAAUCGUAUUCUUCGACGUCACCAUCGGCAACAUCCCUGCUGGCCGUAUCAAGAUGGAGCUCUUCGCUGACAUUGCCCCCAAAACCGCCGAAAAUUUUCGGCAAUUCUGCACGGGCGAGUACAGAAAAGCUGGAUUACCUGUUGGUUAUAAGGGAUGUCAGUUCCAUAGAGUAAUCAAGGAUUUUAUGAUCCAAGCUGGUGAUUUUCUUAAGGGUGAUGGCAGUGGCUGUGUAUCCAUUUAUGGAAGUAAACUUGAUGAUGAAAAUUUUAUUGCAAAACACACUGGACCUGGGCUACUGUCAAUGGCAAAUAGUGGGCCAAAUACUAAUGGUUGUCAGUUCUUCAUCACCUGCGCGAAGUGCGAUUGGCUCGACAACAAACACGUAGUCUUCGGUCGCGUGAUUGGGGAUGGUCUUUUGAUUGCCAGGAAGAUUGAAAAUGUAGCCACCGGACCCAACAACCGGCCUAAACUUGCUUGUGUCAUUGCAGAAUGUGGAGAAAUGUAGAGUUUGUGUUGUUAAUUGAUGUUGGUAUAUUUGGGAAUUUAUGACUGCUGCUGGUAAAAUACAGCAUUACUCCAUUUAAUCACUAAUCAUUUUCGGCUACUAA